AUGCCAUCCACCGAAGCCUUUGCCAGCGCUAGAGGUGACUCGGGCGAAGCGGCCCGGGCUCCACUUCAGUUCGGUUAUUGUGAGCCCCACUGCAGUGCAGCGCGGUUGACUCCCUGAUCUACCGAAACCCAUUCCUUACCAGUCUCAUUCUGCAGGGGUUCCGAACGUUUCGGGAGGUUUGGUCGUCAGCAAGAUCGAACAACGCACCGAUUGGUCCCCCGAGUACAACGUGAGUGACAACAUUGGACAUACCUCCCACGUCGCUUUCCGAUCGUUUGGACCGACAGGCUUUAGCUGCCUUUCACCAUCAUUCCUAGCUCACCCAUUUGGCACCAACCGUACCAGGUCAAAUUGGCACAAAUUGCCGAAAGUGUCGGCUUCUCCCACGCUUUAACGCAAAUUCGCUUCAUGGGUGGUUAUGGUGCCGAGUUCCAGCAUGAAAGCGCCUCGUUCUCGCAGCACUUACUGGCCCACACGACCAAGCUCAAACUCAUCAUCGCUAUCCUACCUGGACCCUGGUAAGUCGUGUAUAUCUGACCUCUGGAGUUUCGACUUGACAUCCGCGAGACCUCACUGACAAGGCCUCUUCGUCCUCGCCCACUUCUUUAGGAACCCGACACUGGCAGCGAAGCAACUCGCUUCGAUCGACCAUUAUUCAAACGGUCGUGUGGCCGUCAACAUCGUCUCUGGCUGGUUCAAGGGCGAGUUCCAAGCGAUUAACGAACCGUGGCUCGAUCAUGGAGAGCGCUACAGACGGUCAGAAGAGUUCAUCAAGGUCUUGCGCGGGAUCUGGACGGCACCGGAGAGUUUCAGUAAGUCGAGGUCUAGCCACAAGUCCCACAUCGUUUCUUUACUGAACUUUCCUAACCGCCAUGUCCUGAAUUCCGGUAGCUUUUCAUGGCAACUUUUAUCAGUGUGAGUGCGCUUUGCGCCUGUCUGACGGUAAAGUGUUAGAUAGAGAGCCUGCAACAUUCGCUGACUCCCAUCUUCCUUCGCUGCGUAUCACCGGCCAAACAGACAAUAACUACCCUCUCCGACCGCAACCCAUUCAAAAUAACGGUCCCGAGAUCUUUCAAGGCGGCAACUCUGCUGAUGCACGCGGUAUGGCCGCCCGAGUUUCGGACCUCUUGCUCCUGAACGGUCAAAAGACGAUCGCCGAUUUCCGCGAGUUGAUCGACGAUACCAAGGAACGCGCCGUCAAGGAAGGUCGAGCAGGCCAGGUCCGUCUAGGCGUCAAUGCGUUCGUCAUCGUGCGCGAGACGGAGGAGGAGGCUUUGGCGGUGUGGAGGGAGAUCGUGGGCAAGGCCGAUACCGAGGCGGUACAGGGGUUUCUUCAGCAGGCUAAGAAUGCGGGCGCUUCGGCUUCGGAUAAGAAGGGUAUGUGGGCCAAUAGCGAUGUUAAUGAUUUGGUUCAGUACAAUGAUGGUUUCAGUGAGUCGUUGGCAAUAUUUUUCCGAUAGUACAGACGACAAAACUCACCAGCCCCUGAAUCUCUCCCUCUGUGCAGAGUCCAAGUUGAUCGGUACUGCUCGACAAGUCGCCGAUCGGAUCCUCCUGUUCCGGUCGCUCGGGAUCGACUUUGUCUUGACCGCAUUUUUGCACUUCCAAGAAGGUGAGUCUUUAGCACUGGAGAGCCUUCAGAAUCAAUCACCUCUUAACCCCAUUGCCCUCUUCCAUACAGAAAUCGAAGCGUUCGGGCGAGGCGUGAUGCCUCUCGUGCGACAGGGCGAAUCAGAAGGGCGUGGGCUCGAUGCCGAGAAGGAGAUUGCGAUCUCGGGCCACAUCUACCAAUGA